AUGUCCGCUCCAUCAGCCCCGCUGCCCUCCUACGUCGAUCCCACCGUCUACCCCCAGACCCUCCACCUCGCCGCCGAAAACAUCUUCCUCGAACUCACCUACCACCCCCUCUCCCCCCCCGCCUAUCUCGCCCACACCCGCUCCCCGCUCGCCGGCGCCAACGUCCUCUUCCUAGGCACUACUCGCAACUCCUUCAACGACCAGCCCGUCGCCCGCCUCGCCUACACCAGCUACGCGCCCCUCGCCCUGCGCACGCUGGCCCAGAUCGCCCGCGCCGCCGUGGCCCAGCACGGCCUGUGUGGCCUGAGCAUCGCGCAUCGGCUGGGGGAGGUGCCCGUCGGGGAGGAGUCCAUUGCCAUCGCCGUCAGUGCCCCGCAUCGCGCCGCCGCGUGGAGGGCCGGCGAGCAGGUGCUGGAGGAGUGCAAGCGGCGAGUCGAGAUCUGGAAGCGGGAGGAGUUUGUGGGUCAGCCCCCGGGGGUGGGCGAGUGGCGGGCGAACAGGGAUACGGAUGCGUCGGGGGAGAACGUGCUGUAG